AUGAGGAAUUUUAUCAAAAUAAAACUGAAAACAACACCAUUGAAACUGGUGAACUACAAGAUCAACUACAGACAUAUUGGAUUCACUUACAACAACUAUUUGACAGAAACAGCAUUAGAAAACAACAAAACUAGCGACUUCUACAACAACACAAAAGAAUACGAGGGAUUGGGUAUUAAUUCAGCAGCAAAUGAGCACAUGGUGAUCUAUAUCAUGAAGAGGACAUUCACAGUUGAUAUUAUUGAGAGAUAUGAAAACACAUUUAUCAAAAAGAGAUUUCAGCUUGAUAGAAUCAAGGGCCAAUACAAAAUUAUUCUUUCUGGUAAAACAGCCUAUUUUAUAGCAAGGAGAUUUAUAGCAAUUUACAGAAAAGAAGCUGAGAAAAUCACAAGGUAUUUCGAUCUGUUUGAAUUCAAGAAGACCAUUGGUGAUUUUAGUGAUUUGGUUGGAUUUAUAGAAAAACCAAAAUCAAAGCAAGAUAAGGAAUUGACAAUUAGGGACGCAUGGUAUGAGUAUGGUAGACUUUAUAUAUUGAUCAAUUGGAUGGUUGUGGUCCACAAAGAUGGAGAAGUUGAGCAAAUUUACGCAUUUAACAAAGUAGUUGAAAACCUGUUUAUCACAGGUAGAUUUCUGUUCCUAAAGAAGAGAAUAGGACUUUAUAAAAUAGAUCUGGUUGAAUUGGAGAACACUGAUUUGAUAUUACUGGAUUUUGAUUCACUUGUGGAUCUAAAAAUCAUCAAUAAUACAAUCUAUAUGGUUGGAUAUAAUGAACUAUCACGUAUUAGUAUGGCUGGAGAUGUAAAUACGAUCAAAUUAUUCAGUUUGAUAAAACACAAAGUAAGUUACAUGCAAUCAAACGAUACUAAUAUAAUUUUAUACGAUAGUAAAAACGGAUACAUCAAAAUCAACAUUGGAAUAUUUGAUGAGAUGUAUGAUGAUACCUGGGAGUAUAUCAGGAUGGAUGAAGAACUAUAUGGUGUGAUCGGAUACAGAAAUGAAUUGAUAUUGAUAUAUAAAGAUAGAAUUGUGAUAAAGAAGGAUACAGAAGGUGAAUGCAAUACUAGUUGUAGAGAAGUAGAUCAGGCAUGGUAUCAAAAAAUCACUGAAAAACCAAUCAGUAACAACAAUGCAACAAUACCAUUUAGUGAAAUAUUAUGUGAUGAUCAAGAAAUAAGAAUCAAAUUGACUGAUUUGCUUAAUAUUAGUAUUGAAGAGAACUGGAAUGAGAGAGAAGUGGUCGAAAAGGUAAUGAAAACAGUAGAUAGGCGAGUCAAAAUAUGCAAAUCAGACAAAAUUGGCAAUGAGACAGUGAUUUAUUUUGAUGACCUGGAAAUAGUAAGAUUGAAUGGAUUUUACACCGAACAGGCAUGCGAAUGGUUCAGUAAGAAGUACAAAGAUGAGUGUGAGAAGAACUUAGAGAAUAAUCUGUACCUGAAAUACGAUAGGAAUGCAGUAUAUGACCAGAUUGUGAAGCAAUAUGAGACAGAAAUGGCUAGAAAAGUGAAAGUAGCAGUCAAACCUACCAAAAAGCAUAUUAAGCCCAAAAAGAAGAAAAGUGGAUUCUAA